CUGGGCUGGCUGACAGAGCUGCAGUGAACCCACCCGCACAUUCCUCAUUCUGAAGAGGUGCUCAGGACUAGCAGACGCAUGGAGCCUAAGCAGAUCAGAGAGGGCUACCUGGUCAAAAAGGGGACAGUGUUGAACUCAUGGAAGGUUGUGUGGGUGGUACUGUCGGACGAUGGGGUGGAGUUCUAUAAGAAGAAGACAGACAGCAGUCCUAAAGGAAUGAUUCCACUGAAGGGAACCACUCUCACCAGCCCCUGCCAAGACUUCAGCAAGAGAACGCUGGUUUUCAAGCUCACUACCGCAAAGAACCAGGACCAUUACUUCCAGGCCACUCACUUGGAGAACAAAGAAGUCUGGAUCAAAGACAUCAAAAGCGCCAUCACAUGUCUGCAAGGGGGCAAGAAGUUUGCCAGGAAGUCCACUCGGCGGUCUAUCCGCUUGCCAAGCACUGUCAAUCUGAGUGAGCUGUACGUCUUGAUGAAAGACCAGAACACAGGAGUGAAGGAACUGACAGUGGAGAAGGACAAGAAAACAUUCACCCACUGUUUCACAGGCAGCACGGUGAUCGACUGGCUGGUCUCAAACGAGCGGGUGAGGAACCGUGAGGAGGGGCUGAUGCUGGCCACGGGGCUCCUGAACGAAGGCUUCCUCCAGCCGGCCGGCGAGCUGUCCAAGAGGGCGGCCGAGGGGGCGGCCGAGUCUGCCCUGCUGGACCAGCCGGACGCGCUCUACUACUUUGCGGACAGUGGCUUUUUCAGUGAAGGGUACUCCAGUGAUGAGGAUGUCAUUGUGAAGGUCGAGUUCAGGGGUGCGAUCAUAAAACAAGGUUGCUUACUGAAACAGGGACAUCGGAGAAAAAACUGGAAGGUGCGGAAAUUCACCCUCAGAGAUGACCCUGCCUACAUGCACUACUACGAUCCUGCCAAGGGUGAGGACGAACCCCUGGGGUCCAUUCACCUGAGAGCUUCAGUUGUGACUGCCGUGGAGUAUGUCCCAGAUGCUAAGAAGUACGACGUGGUUGGAAAUCUGUUUGAGAUCAUCACGUCAGAUGAAACCCACUAUUUCCUGCAGGCAGCCACUGCAGAUGAGCGUAAAGAGUGGAUCAAUGCCAUUCAGACUGUGUCCAAGACUGGGAAAUAGUCACUGCCCUGAAACUACUCUUCAUCAACAUGACUAUCAAUACAUUAAGAUACA